AUGUCGUCGUCGCCCAAGCAGAAGAAGUCCGUUCACUACGAACGUGGCACCAAAGGCAGCUCGCACCACCACCGCAGCUCCAGGGACUCGGGCGUAGGCACUAGCUCUGCCUCAGACCGAGCCUCGCUAGGAACCCCCACAGAGUCCUUCAAUUCCUCGCAAAUCGAAGCCCAGCGGCACAGCCUGCGCGCCGUACAAGAAGCGCUCGAUGCCGCGAACGACCGGAUCGGCCAGCUGGAGGCCAGCACCGCCAAGCUCAACGUCUUGCUCUCGGACAGCAACAGGGAGAACCGGCUGCUGAAGCGAGAGAAGGCAGACCUGCACAACAAAAUCGUGGAGCUCAAGGAAGACCUCGAGCACGAGAAGCGGAAGCGCAGACGGGCCUCCAACCGGGCUUCGCCGCCGAGGAGCUCCCCUUCGAGACGCGAGAUCGAAGCAUCAGCAGCAGCAGCAUCAGCAGCGUCGUCGCACCGCAGCGAGCGUAAAUCCAGCACCUACCAGCGGCCACCGCCAAACUCCGCGCCCAACCCAUUCCUGCCGUCGCCGAGGGAUCCAGGCCUGCCGGUCGUCACCUACGCGCCCGCAAUCUCGGUCGCGUAUGCGCCGUCGGCCGUGUCGUACUCGUCAGCGCCGGUGUUUGCGCACGCCCCUUUACCGAGCAGGGGCCACUACGCGAAUGCGAGUCCUCUGAAUGAUGGCAAGUACCAUCUCACGCCACUGUGA